AUGACCACCCCAAACCCUCGUGUAAUCUUUGCCAAAAUCCCUGAAGCUGCGCAGGGACUAGCAGGUCUACCGCUUCCUGGGGAGCAUCUCGUUUACGACAACUCACCUGUUAUCGAUCUCGAAAAUGUACCACUCAAUGGAGGAUUCCUGACGAAGAUGCUGGUCUUGAGCCCAGAACCUGCUCUUCGCGAACGGAUGAGAGAUCCUAAGCUUCAAAGCUACACCACACCUUUCAUUCUUGGCGCUCCUGUCAUCGGGUUCGGUAUCGUCGUCGUUCUACGUUCUGAGAAGGAGGGUAUCAAAGUUGGCGAUUACAUGUAUGGACAAACGCCAUGGGAGGUGUAUACCGUACAGCCGUACAUCGAGGGUCGUAUUGACUACAAGGAAUCUGAUUGGCCACCCGCGACCUUCGACAUGGACUCUCUUGCACUCCAAGUUGUUCCGAAUCCUGGGGGGGCAUUCCCGCUGACGAGGUACGCGAGUUUGCUGGGAACGCCCGGAUUGUCUGCCUUUGUCGGGUUUGAAGGCUUGGCUGAAGCCGCACCAGGGAAAACGAUCUUCGUCUCUGCUGGAGCGUCUGGUGUUGGCAGCAUGGUCGUCCAGCUUUCUAAAUUGAGAGGGAUGAAAGUCAUUGCUUCUGCCGGCACCGAUGAGAAGGUGGAAUACCUGAAGUCCCUGGGAGUAGAUGUGGCGUUCAACUACAAGAAGGAAGGCUACAGCUCCUUCCUUGCGAAGAACAAGCCUUUCCAAGUCUACUGGGAUAACGUCGGGGGAGAAGCUCUUGAAGCUGCCAUUGAACACAUCGAGCCAUUCUCUCACAUCGUCUGCUGCGGUUCACUUGGAGACUACCAACGUGCUCCAGAAGAACGCUACGGAAUCAAGAACACUACCCUCAUCUUCAAGAGACGUCUCACGAUCCGAGGAUUCCUCGUCCCAGACUUGAUUCCUAAGUUUGCCGGCAAGUUCUUCGCGGAAAUACCAGCCCUCGUCGCCCAAGGAAAGCUGAAGAGCCAGGAGUCUAUCAUCGAGGGCCUGGAGAAUGCUCCAGACGCCUUCUUAAGGAUGCUAAAAGGCGGAGAAAGCGUCGGCAAAGUCGUCGUGCUUGUUUCCAAAGAGUGA